GUUGUCGUGAGUAUAAUGAAUUAGCAACUUCAGAUGAAAAGGAAAUCCACAGUCGUUCCAAGAGGUUGAUUUCCAUUCGGAAUACGAUGUACCAUUGACUCAUCAUCAUGAGUAACUAUCACAAGAUGAUUCUUGAUCGCGUCAUUUCAAUUCUUUCUUUCUUUGAGAGGGUAUCUUUUCGUUAUUAUAUAUUAACUAUUGUAUGUACAAGUAUAAUUUUCAGUCCUGGGGUAUUUGGUUUUCCAUCAUGGUGUCCGUUUUGGCGUCGCCGCCUGUCCUGUAUAAAUGUUUCGUUGUUUGUGGUCGCGUCUUCUUGCUUUGCUCCUCGAUGUGGCGAUGGCAGUGUGUCCAUCCAUCUCGCGACAGGUCUUUUUAAUUGUUGUAGCAUAUGGUGACAAAGAGAAAAUCGUGUGUCUACCAUAUCGUCUUC